UCUCCCCAGUGUCAUAAAGAAGAGAAGGGGGAGAGCGAAGAAGUGAGCGGCUUCAGUCAAAACAGUAAACACAACUUUUCGUUUUCGUUCACAAAUCGUUUGAAAUGGAAGAGAUGGAUUUAGGUGAAAGCACAACAGAUGCGACGUCUGUUGAAAAUACAGCACAGCUGCCUGCCAAAACGUCCGACGACUCAGCAGACAGCGACGACUCUGAUGAUGAUUCUGACAGCUCCAGUAAUGCAGAUAUGCCGGAGAAAGAAGAAGAGGUUGAUUCUAUACCAGCUCCUUUCGAUUACAACGGGCAUAUUGAACGUAUCAAACGGUUACGUGAAAGAGGAAAUUUUGAACUGCUGCGAGAAGCUCGAGAAGCUAUGAACACAACUUUCCCGUUAUCACCAGAGCUUUGGUUAAACUGGCUGGAAGAUGAACGUCUGACUGACAAAUCAACAAAUCCUGAGGGAAGGGCUACUUUAGUUGCUUUAUUUGAUCGUGCUGUUGCAGACUACCUGUCGGUUGAUAUUUGGGUAGAAUAUGUCUACUUUACAAUUGGGUACAUGGGUGAACCUGAUGGUAGUAUAGAAAAAGUAAGGUCAGUCUUCGAACGAGGAUUGAUGGCAGCUGGGUUACAUGUACCAAAAGGUGCUUUAUUGUGGGAAGCAUACAGGGAGUUUGAAGGUAUUGUUUUAUCUCCUCUGAUGGAGGGUUGUGAUGGAGAAAAUCCUGUUGUAGCAGACCAGCUCAAGAGAGUUGCAAAUAUAUUCAAAAGACAACUUUCUGUGCCUCUUUUAAAUAUGGAAAAGACCUACACUUCUUUUGAAGAGUGGCUUGAAAGUCACAAAGCCAUCUGGACAACUGCUAGUGGUAAACCAGAAUCUGGACUCAUAGAAAUAAAGAAUGUAGAGAUGGCAUAUAAAAAAGCUAUGGAUAGACUUCACCAGAUUCAACCCUAUGAAGAUGUUUUGAACACUAGUGAAGAAAGUAUGAAAGUGACCCAUUACAAAGAGUACCUUAAAUUUGAACAGAGUUUGGGUGAGCCAGUUAGAUUAUUCUCUCUUUUUGAAAGAGCUUUAUCAGAUUGCCCCCUUGAUGCUCCAUUAUGGCUUGGUUAUAUUGAAUUUUCUGACGGCUUGGGGGACUAUGGAAAAACCUUGCAACUUUGUAAAAGGGCUGUGCGCAACUGUCCAUGGUAUGCCUUGUUAUGGCAACAAUAUUUACGCUGCAUGGAGAAAAACUCUGAAACACCUGAGGCAAUUAAAGGUGUCUUUGAAGAAGCUCUGAAAUCAGGAAUACAAACUGCUGAAGAUUUUCGCAACAUUUGGCUUGAGUAUAGUUGCUAUCUACGCCGACGCAUUGACUGGGGUUCAAAAGAAGAACUUCCAUUGCUCACUGAGUUAAGGGAAACAGUUCAAGCAGCAACGGAACAUCUUACACAAGUGUUUGGCGAACUUGGAGACCCAUCCUGCCAGCUCUUACGUUUCAUGGCCACUGUUGAAGCUGUUCAGAGCCGUAAAAUGGAAGUGGCAAGGAAAAUAUGGAAUGAUAUUUUGCAUUUAGGUCACAAAAAUUCAGCUUCAAGUUGGUUGCAAUACAUUCAUUUGGAAACGGCCUAUGGGGACUCUAAGCAUCUUCGGAAACUAUUUCCUAGAGCUUUGCAAGCUACUCGGGAUUGGCCUGAGAGUAUUGUGGAGGAAUGGAUGCAGUUUGAAAGGGUUGAGGGAACACUGGAAUCAUAUGAAGAUGCACUCUAUAAAUGUAGAAUCAGGAUGAAGCAAGUAACUGCGGAAAGAGAGAAAGCUGCCGCUGAAGAAGCAGGGAGUCAACAAGCUUCAAACACCAAGAAGGUGGAAAAGAAAAGAGAAAAAAUUAAAACUGAUAAAGGAGAUGCCAUAUCAGAAGAUAGACGUCCUUUAUCUUUGAAACGAGCUGCCCCCAUUGGAAAUGAAACAAAAUCAAGAGAACCAACCAGUGACCCAGUAAAAAGUUCAUUUAAAAAGCCAAAGAUAGAAUCAAUUGAAGAUCUUGGUGUGGUAACAGAGCAUGAUCCAUCCAAGGAUAACAGAACCGUUUUUGUCAGCAAUUUAGACUACUCAACUACAAAUGAACAAAUCAGAGAUGUUUUUGAAUCUGUUGGCACUAUCACUGAACUACGCCUUGUAAAAGAUUUUAAAGGAAGAUCAAAAGGAUUUUGUUACAUUGUUUUCAGCUCAUUUAAUGAAAUGAAUGAGGCUCUCAAAAAAGACAGGGUGCCUAUAGACGGGAGACCAAUAUUUGUUUCAAAGUGUGACCCAGAUAAGCACACCCGUCAACAUAGCUUUAAAUAUGCUACAUCACUAGAGAAAAACAAACUGUUUGUCAAAGGACUGCCACUGUCAAGUACGAAGGAAGAGGUGGAAGAACUAUUUGGACAGUAUGGAAAGGUCAAAGAUAUCCGACUUGUUACUUAUCGUAAUGGUCAUUUCAAAGGAUUAGCAUAUGUUGAUUAUGAAGAUGAGGUAUCAGCCGCCCAGGCUAUAAUUAAAGUUGAUGGAAUGACCAUAAAAGAUAGAACAGUGUUUGUGGCAUUGUCAAACCCACCAGACCGCAGAACUUCACUUUUAUCUGAACACAAUGAACCAUCAACCUCCAAAGUUCAGUCUUUGGGAGGAGGAUUAAAAGAUAUUGGACCGAGAGGACGUGGAAGGACACAGGUUGCAUUUUUACCUCGUGCUCUGCAAGUCAAACAUGAAGAUUCAAAAUCUGAUGAUAAGGCUAAUUCAUCUAAUGGUGCACCAAAACCUAGGAGCAAUGCAGAUUUCCGAAAACUCCUCCUUGAAAAAUGAUAGAUAUAUUUUUUGACCUAUUAUGAGGCUUAUACUUACAAUUACCUUUACAAAUGCAAUCUUUGUAAUUAAUUGAAAUUAUUAAGUGUUAGUACC